AUGGCCCAAAAUGGAACGUCAGACCACAACGGACAAGAGCCUGUCACUCCCAAGCUCAACUCUCUGUCACUGACCGAAUACGCCGCCAACCCUUCUCCACCAUCUCAAGAUCCCCGACAAAAGGCAACUGACGCAGGAGUCCCCGAGGCCUUCCUUCUACCCAACGGCUAUCCUGACUACCUCCGUCUCAUUCUCACCUCCCGUAGCCAGGUCUUCCUCAAGCGCGAAGAUCUCCUACCUGUUUUCAGCUUCAAGCUGCGCGGCGCAUACAACAAGAUGGCCCACCUGAGCCCGCAAGAGAAGUGGAAGGGCGUCGUUGCUUGCUCUGCCGGUAACCACGCCCAGGGUGUCGCAUACUCGGCCCGCAAGCUGAAGAUGCCUGCAACCAUCACUAUGCCUCUUGGAACUCCUGCCAUCAAACACACAAACGUCUCGCGCCUUGGUGGUGCUGUUGUUCUACAUGGCAACGACUUCGACGAAGCCAAGGCUGAAUGUGCCCGUCUUGCCGAAUCUCACGGCCUUACCAACAUUCCUCCCUUCGACGACCCCUACGUUAUCGCUGGUCAGGGUACGAUCGGUAUGGAGAUCGUGCGCCAGGCUGAUUUGAGCAAGCUUGAGGCCGUCUUCUGUUGUGUUGGUGGUGGUGGUCUGAUCGCCGGUAUCGGAGUAUACAUCAAGAGAAUUGCUCCCCACGUCAAGAUCAUCGGUGUCGAGACAUACGAUGCAAACGCUAUGGUACAGUCGCUCAAGCUGGGCAAGCGUGUCACACUCAAAGAGGUUGGUCUGUUUGCUGAUGGUGCUGCUGUCAAGACGGUCGGAGAGGAGACUUUCCGUCUGGCUAGCGAGGUCGUCGACGAUGUCGUUAUGGUCACUACCGACGAGACGUGUGCUGCCAUCAAGGAUGUUUUCAACGAUACUCGUUCCAUUCUCGAACCUGCUGGCGCCCUUGCUCUUGCUGGUCUGAAGAAGUACGUUGCUCAGAACCCUAGCUCUGACCCCAAGCGUCAAUUGGUUGCUACCGCUUCCGGCGCCAACAUGGACUUUGAUCGCCUGCGUUUCGUCGCUGAACGUGCUGCUAUCGGUGAGAAGAAGGAGGCUCUGUUCAUGGUCACCAUUCCGGAAAGGCCUGGUGCUUUUGCCGCUUUGGUCAAGGCUGUGCAUCCCAUGUUUGUCACCGAGUUCUGCUACCGUUACGCUUCAGCAAGUGCCGCCAACGUCCUUAUCGGUAUCAACGUGAGCGCAAACACUCGCGAGCACGAUCUUGCAGAUCUUAUCCAGCGCUUGUCCAACGAAGGCAUGACUGCUGUGGACGUCUCAGAGAACGAGACAGCCAAAUCCCAUAUCCGUUAUCUCGUAGGUGGCCGUAGUAGCGCCUCCAACGAGCGUGUCUUUGCUUUCGAGUUCCCUGAGCGCCAGGGUGCUUUGUACAAGUUCUUGACAACACUACAACCAGGAUUCAAUAUCUCCCUGUUCCACUACAGAAACCAUGGUGGUGACAUCGGCAAAGUCUUGGCUGGUAUUCAAUGCCCGCAAGGUCAGGAAGACAACCUGAAUUCAUUCUUGACCGAGCUAGGAUAUGGCUAUGUUGAGGAGACCAACAACCCGGUCUUCAAGAUGUUCAUGACUGAGCCUUGA